AUGUCGGAUAGGCAAGAUAAUGUCGAGGUGACAAAAAAUCCCAAAGCACCUAUAGUCCGUUAUUUUUCUCUCUUGAUACUUAAUUUUCUCGUGGAAUGGAUUCCCGGGUUAUCCAAAUUUUUAUUUUACGACUCGGGUUUUACCGCUUUGCGAAAAUUCAAAUAUGAUGAUUCAUUGACUGCCAUCCCGCUUCCACUGCCGAAAGAAGAAUUUGGGCUCAAUAAAGUUGAGCACUCAGUUGUUGGACUGGAAAUUUUUGAGGAAAAAGAAAAUAAAGCUGAACCUAUUGGAAGUACUGAAUACUUGACAGCAUGGCAUUUUCGUGAAGCGUAUCUUUCUGGUCGUAUUACACCUUCACAAGUAGCGAAAAAUUUAAUCGCGAAAAUUGAAGCUGCACACACUUUCACAUCUCCUACUGAACCGUCUAUUGAAGGUUUCUAUCAAUAUGACCAUGAUGAAAUUCUAAGACAAGCGGAAGAGUCCACCGCUCGAUACGCCCAAAAUGAAUCAUUAGGACCGCUUGAUGGCGUUCCUGUUGGCAUCAAAGAUGAAAUUGAUGUUAAGGGAUUCGAAACACGCGUUGGAACUGCUUUCAUUAAUCGUGGCAAUAAAGCGCAACAAGAUGCAACUCUUGUUCGUCGAUUGAGAGAAAAAGGCGCAAUAAUUGUCGGAAAAACUAGUAUGCAUGAACUAGGAAUGGACAUUACAGGAAACAACCCAGUGGCAAAGACGCCAAGAAAUCCCUACGAUCCAAAUCAUUAUUGUGGCGGGUCUAGUGGUGGUAGCGCAGCAGUUGUAGCAGCGGGACUUUGUCCUAUUUCUAUUGGUUGUGAUGGCGGUGGAUCGAUAAGAGUACCAGCAUCAUUCUGCGGGCUUUAUGGUCUAAAGCCAACAACUGGAAGAGUUCCUUCGAAAGGAACAUUUCCAUUGACAUUCACGUGUGGCGUAUCGGGACCAUUCGCUUCAAGUGCAGCUGACUUGGCUUUAACUUAUUACGCGAUUGCAGGAAAAGAUCCAGAGGAUCCAAAUACUUACCACCAACCUUCACCUACUCUUUACGGUUUCUACCUGACAAAUACGCUUACCGACCUAAAAAUCGGUAUCUAUUCUGCAUGGAAUCAACAAGUGCAGAAUUCUGCCAUAACAACUGCAUUGCACGAAUUUAUUGACGCUUUCAAACUUCGAGGAGCUCAAAUCGUCGAAAUCGAGAUACCGGAAUUAGAAGAAGCGCGAAAUGCGCAUCUAAUUGCAAUCUUGUCGGAAAUUCACCAUAUUGUAAAUCGAUAUAAAGAACAUCGAAAUAAACUCACGUACCCAAAUCGUAUUCUUCAUGUCAUUUUGGAACAUUUAGCUGUUUCUGAUUACAUUCAAUCUCAACAAGUUAGAACACGAAUUAUGCGCCACCUAUCAAAUUUAUUUGAAAAUAGCGUAGAUUUAAUCCUAACACCAACCUCCGGAAUCACUGCGCCUCAAAUUCAUCCACGUGCCUUAAGUUACGGCGAAGUAAACUCAAAUGUCACCGGCAAUGCUAUACGUUUCGUACAACUGGCGAAUUUUACCGGAAUUCCUGGAAUAAAUGUGCCCGCCGGUUACGACGAAAAAGGGCUGCCAAUUGGAUUGCAGUUUAUGGCGAGAUGGUAUAAUGAGGCUUUGCUGUUGAGAGUUGCUAACGUUUCGCAAGAGAUAUUAGGUGAUCGGAGAAAACAACCGGGAAAAGAGCUGUGGUUUGGUGACUUGUUGUAG